GGUGCAUGGAUAACGCUAUUCGUCUUCUUGGUUAACAGGUUAAAACGACAAAGCUGCUGAGGUUAUUUCGCCAUUGACGUACUCAUGUUACAUGAGAAAUCUGGCCUUGUUUUCGCGCAAUAUGACGUACUCCUAUUCCUGUCUUGCCUAUCCCACGCUCGUCAGUUGGUCCGAGUAGUUUCUAGUUACUAUUUCACAACAGAGUCUUCAAGUUAGUAUGCUAGUGAGGUGCCGAAUUCCACCGCGUUAGAAACGAUAGCGCCUAACUAUUUGCAACGUUUGAAUCACGUAAAUAGCAACACCGCAGGAGAAUACGGCAAGUGGUCCAUCGGUGCGCCUGUGUCGGUACUCUCCUAACGACAUCUCGCCGAACCAAGGGGGUAAAUAUUACGCUAAAUGAGGUAAACACAGGGGUAUAUAGCACGGCGUGAUCGCUAUGUUCACUUUUUAGUAAUUUUUUCAGCAGCGCAGCGAGGAGCUGUACUCAUCUCCGAUUGUCGCACCAGGCGAAGUUCAGUCUCCGCUGGUCUAUGCAUCAUCAACGGAGCAGAGGUCAAACUGUUUAAAUGUCGGCUUCUUGACUUCAUAGGCUUACUGACAAACAAGUGAAAACGAAACCCCCGCGCUAUCAAAUCACUUGGGGUCAGCUAUGGGUAUAACUACAGAUUUCCACGAAGCCUCAGUUCACUCCAAAUUGCACAGACCACGAGCGCAGGCUAGAAGUGGCGAAUGCUAAAAAAGUCGAGGACUAAAUGCUGAUAUGCAACAUGACAAGAGCGUUCCGGCCCUUAGGGAGCUUCAUAAAUGGCUUUGUGUCAUAGGAGACGCGUUUCCAGGGAUAAUCACAGCAGAUUCUCUUUGCGUGAGAACGGACUCGCAUUCUGCGGCGAUGAGUUGUGAUGAACGCGCUCGUGCCUCGAUCGUUACUUAGGGUAUCAUAGGGCUUGAUCCAAGCUUAUCCCCUACACCAACGGACUCUUGCGGCACGAGCUUCCUGUGACUCGCAAGAACCUCGAACAUCUUCCAACCAGCGACGUAAUGUACGGAUUCGACAACAACUCCUGUUCUUACCCCGUACAUCCCGUAGUGAACCCGUAUGGAUAUCAACCGGCGGGCUUAUAUUCCACGGUUCCUCCACUUCAUCACAACCCUCCAACAACUACUGCAGCCUCGCAGUACAAUGGCACCGAGUACAACACGUAUCCUCCACCGCUCUCGCAUCCCAAUGAUCCGACACGUGGCUUCUACAGCCCUGUGCAGCCGAGCGGACCUUACGGAGAGCAGGCAUUCUACCCUACGCAAGACCUAACAGACGCACUACCGAUUCAGCAACCUUGUGCUCCCGCGCCAACCGCCUGUGAUGGCUUCUUUAACGAAGCUUACCCGUCAGACGAAGGCUCACAAUCUCCGUCAGACGAUGGCGAUGGCGGCAAAACGACGCGAAAGAGAAAGGAGCGCACCGCGUUCUCAAAACACCAACUCCAAGAACUCGAGAAUGAAUUCAUACGAAAUAACUACUUGACGAGGCUGCGGCGGUACGAGAUUGCCGUGUCCCUGGAUCUGACGGAAAGACAAGUUAAAGUGUGGUUCCAGAACAGAAGAAUGAAGUGGAAGCGAGUCAAAGGAGGAAAGAAACCUGAAAAGCGCCCUGCGAGUAAUGCGGAAAACGAAGAAGCAGAUGAGGAGGACUUGCUCACUCUUAGCUGAAGAAAACAAUCUCUUAUUUAUCUAUACAUGUACAUAGAACCUUGAUUAUAAAAACACGUUCGUGCCAAUGAACACAUACGACUACUUAAUGCAUAAAGCAAAGUACUGACUGAUAUUUUUGUUGUACAAACCAGGGAGUUCAAACGUACUUGCAAAAAAGUCUUAAUUACUGGACGAGAACCUAGCUCUUCUAUGCUCUUAACAGCGAGAAUGACUGCUUGACAAAACAGUCAUUGCCUGAAACAGGUUUUUCAGAAUGGAUUGUUGUUAGGAGAGCGCGCCAGAGCGCCGUUCAGUCACUUCACCCUCAAGUGUAGCUAUCCUUUCUAGAAUGACUCCGUAGCUCAUAACUGUCUUAGGACAAAAAUUUUAUCCUCUUUAUCGUAUUCUAAGGAUAUUUUAUUUCCAUUGUAAAUAUAAAGAUUAGAGAAACAAUAAAGUGCACCGUCAAAUGUCA